UUAUUUCCCUGCUCCUCUCUUCUUCUUUAUAAUUAUAUUUGUUGAUCUGAGAUCCUCAAAGCGCUGCAAAAUGAACCAAGAUUUUGCGCUAGCCAAGGGGAAUAUAGACAUUGAGAAGAUCAAGAUGAAGUUGGAGCCGCAGGACGACUUGCCUGGUAGUGCCAUCGAAGUUUUAAGCGCUUUCAAUAAGGUGGAGAUAUUGGAAGAGGGCUCUGAAAUAAUAACCGUGCCGAUUAGAGAUCGCUUGGAAUCAGAGGACGAGCGCAAAAUCAUCGAUAUUCUACAUCUUAAAUUUCAGUUAUUUGCUGUUUCAUUGGAGGACAGCCCAACCCCAAACGAAUGCAACAUUUGCAACUAUGUCUAUGAAAAUAACCAGGACAUUUCAGGACACAAAAUCAAUCAUGAAAUGAAUCUGCACUUUUGUCGCUUAGGUUGUGGCAUCUGGUUAAACUCCUUGGAACAGAUCCUUGAGCACGAAUAUCGCCAACACUCGCAGCCAGGAAAUGUUUUUUGUUGUAGGGUUUGCGAUUUCUUGGCCAGAGACGCGGACUGUCUGUCUAACCAUAUGCAGAGGCAUAUAUAUGUUUAUCGUUUUGUAUGUGCCAUUUGUCGUCGCCAUUUCGACUCUAAACAGAGCCUACAGUUGCAUAGGAAGCAUGGUGAAUACGCCUGCGGGCGGGUCGAGUACGUGCAGAGUCUCACCGAAAAGCCAGAACUUGUGGCAGUUAGUGCGCCAGUUUCUGUAGAGUCGUUCUGCGAUGUGCAGAUUAAAGAGGAACCACGUAACGCAGAGGAUGAAGAGCACAUGCUAUUAGAAGACAACCCUCCAAUUAGCGUAAAAGUGGAACCCCAGGACGAGGAAAUACCGGAUAUAAACAUUAAAGAGGAACUUACGGAGCAGUUUGAAGAUAAUUCCCUGAAUAAUUCUCUCUGGUCAACGAUACCAAUUCCGCUAAGGAAGAAACUGCGCUUACCUGCGUUAAACUCAACAAAAUCUAUUCGGACUUUAAAAAGUAAUCAUACAUUGACUGGAGACAAUAUAAUGAUUCCUCAGAUUACUCAACAAAGCAUAGAGGGACAGAAAAAGCCAAUUGCAUCCAAUAUUCUUAAAGUAUUGCCCAGCAACUGCGUGGUAAUUAAGUUGCCUCCCAACACAAAAAUCCUGAAGUUGCCACCUUCGACUGCAAAGGAAUCUGUUACUAUUAGUCUGAGUGACAUGCCCAAGUCAACCAGCAUCGUUAAGAUUCCGCAGUCAAUAAGUAUAACCAAAGUGAGUUCACUGAAUAAUAAUUCUGCAACUAUUCCCUCAUCUCCGACUAUUCAAACUGUCUUGCCUCCGCAAACGCAUGGUCGGGCAUCAUGCUUCCUUGUCGAUGCGUUUAACAAAUCGGAGAGCAGGCCCGAAUCCAUGAAGAUAAUUACCGAAUUUCGCAAUCAAAUACGAUCAAUAGAAAAGACAUUGCCAUUACCGGGAACAGUGCUGCAAGCUUCAAAGCUAAAGAAGGAUAUCCCUUUGAUUGCUCCCAAAGAUUCACCGAAGCCCGUUGAACUGAUAUUGAACCCAUUGUCUUUUAUGGUAGCUCAGCAGCUGCAGGUCCAGUACCCAGACUACCGUUUUAUGUGGAAAUGUCCGCUAUGUAAACAAUCGCACGAGAAGCAUUGUGCAUUUCGCAGGCACCUGACCAGCCAACACGAAUUAAAUGAAGAGCAAUUAUGCAAAGUUAAAGUCUUAUUAAUGCCAUACAAAAUACUUUUACAGGAUUCAACAAUAGUGGAAACUGACAAAGCACAUGUGGCAUUGGAAACGGUGGUAAAAAAGGAGUCACAACUGGAAGAAUCAACUCCAGAUGUAGACAAGACUGUUAAUGUGCCUUUUUUGUUAAACUGCACCGAAGCUGUCGCCGCUUUAACAGAACAGACAUCGGCAUUAUCAAAUAUUUGUGUUAAAAAUGGGGUUUCAACCCUAAAAAAAACCCUAGAGAAAACCGGCUCAAAAAACUCCAGAAAGAAUAAUUCGAAGAGUUCACAGUUUCAGUGUACGGACUGCUCUAAAAUAUUUACGACUUUUGGAGCCCUACGGAUCCAUAAGUCGAUCCAUACGGGUGAGCUGCCGCAUAAAUGCAACUAUUGCGACAAGCGAUUCCGAACCCCUGGACAGGUGCGGGUGCACCACCGACGUCACACCGGGGAAAAACCAUUUAAAUGCAAGAUCUGCUCAUUGGAUUUCACUCAUCGAGAAACUCUUAUUUCCCAUCUAUCUCGCCAUAUUGGAAUGAAGCGUUAUAAAUGCUAUGGAUGCGAUAAAUAUUUUGUAGUCGUUAGUGGCCUGCGAGCCCAUCGUCGUCUCCGGCCGGACACUUGUGGAAAGGUUAAGUUUACAGCAAGAGCCCACGGCCCCCGUGUGCGGGUCAUCAGGGGCGAGGUGGUCUUCGAACAUCACCCGGAACACAAUGGCUACUUACGCAGCGAAGAUCCGCUUAACAUUUUGUCCCAACGUGAUCUAACAGACUUAAACCCAUCUAAAAUUGUUGAGGAUAUUAAAUAAUUGUUAUUCUUUCUAUUGUUUAUUGCUAAA